AUGAGCUAUAAUUAAGAAGAAAAUGAAGAUUAGGGUCUUGAGAAUAGAUCUCCAAGAAAUGAAGAAGAAGAAGAUAAAAAUGAUCAAGAACAAGAUGCUUAAAAUUAAUUAAAUUAAAAGAAGAAAAAGAAAACAUAACAAUUUCGAUUGAAACCUGAAUAAUUUACAGAUCCUUAAAAAGGAGUCAUUUAUUUAUAUAAUUUAUGUAAAGACUAUCGAUUUGGAAAUGAAGAAUUUGAAGAAUUAAAUAAAUAUAUGCAUGUUAUAGAAGAAUGGCAUUAUUAAGUAAUGCCUAAAUAUGACUUUGACUAUUUUACAAAUAGAUUAUAAAAAUUUGGAGGGAAUAAUAGUGUUUAAGUAAUAUAUUUACUUACUUUAAGACUCACUUAUAAUUCCUCAGAAAGGCUCAUAAAGGUCUAAUUCCUUGGCAUUUCGUUCUUAAUCCAUUAGGAGAACAACCUAUAAAUGAUCAUACCAUAAAUUAAACAUUUAAUGAGACUAUAACCAAUAAUUCAGCUAUCUAAGAAGAAUAACCUUAACUAAACAUACAAUAAAUUGAUUAAAAUUUGAGUUAACCAGAUCUAUAGUAAAACAUUACUUCUACUAUUUCACAAAAAAAACCUUUAAAAUUAUCUUUAAAAAAAUACAAUUUAUAAUCAUAAGUCAAAUCUGUUAAAAAAGAACUUACUGUUCGUUUCAAUGAUGAAGUUCAAUAUGAGCCAACACCUAAACCUAUAAUUUAAGAGGAAGAAAAUUAUGAUGACAUAUUUGAAUAGUUAGAGGUGGCUUAUAAACUAAAAGAAGAAAAGAAACUAGUAAAUUGA